GAAUGAGGUUAGCGGACCAAGAUGGCGGCUCCUUAUGUUUCCGAUGACUCCGGGAAGUACAUAGCAUCCACUCAGCGACCAGACGGUUCCUGGAGGAAGCAGAGAAAAGUGAAGGAGGGAUAUGUGCCCCAAGAAGAAGUACCAGUGUAUGAAAAUAAAUAUGUCAAGUUCUUCAAAAGCAAACCUUCUCUGCCUCCUGGUCUUUGUGAAGCCGAUGGCACUACAGGCCAAGCCCAGCCUUCAAAGCCUGAUGCUGACGCCAGCUUGUCCAAAACAGCCAAGAGGAACUUGAAGCGCAAAGAGAAAAGGAAACAAGAGAAAGGGGAACGCGAGCAGGUGGAAGAAACACGACAAGAUCUGGAGAGGGUUAACAUUUCAGAUACCCCUGUGCAAAAGAAUGUGACAUCAGCACAUAAGAAUGGCUCAGCAAGCAGUGACAACUCUGCAGCAGAGAAGGCCAAGAAAAUAAAGAACCUACGCAAAAAGCUUCGUCAGGUGGAGGAAUUACAACAGAAAAUAGACUGUGGGGAGAUCAUACAGCCAUCCAAAGAGCAACUCGAAAAACUGGCCAGGAGGAAAGCUUUAGAAGAUGAGAUAGAGGACCUAGAGCUGGACUUAUAAAGCACUAGUAUGGGUUUGGCCUUCAUGUUCUGGAACAGGGAAAUCCAACCACAGCAGUCCAGCUGUUCGUGAACUACAGUUACCCCUGUGGUAUGCGUUUUAGUUCAGCAACAGCUUAGACCUGCCGGUUGGUAGUCUUUGUCUCAAAGCGUGGUAUGCCUUUAACCUAGUCUUCUACUUGUGUCCUUUUCAUCAUGUUUCAGUGCAGUUUAUUUCAAGUUAGCAUUUUUGUGCUGAAGGACCUCCAUUAUGCCUUACUGCCACCCCAAAUGUAGAUCCUCCUCUCCCUUUUUUUAUGCUCUGAAGUUGCCUUUAAAUAUAAUUUCAAACAGAUUUUAGCCCACUAAAGGAUAAUUCAGUUUCAGAAAAUACUUCUUAACGAGAGACAUAUAAAGCCUUUUAGGCUGCAUCUCCCCACUUUUCAAAAUCUCCAACAUUUCCCACAAUGCUAUUCUUGAGCAUAGGGUAAAUGCACAUGUGUGUGAAGCAAUAAGUUUAAGUGUUUCAUUUGAAUGUAUUCCUUUGUAGGGAACUGGAACUUUUGGUUUGAAUUCAGGUUGUGGUAAUAAUAUGUUCCCCUUACACUUGACAGUUAUGUGGAAAAGACCCCAUGUAAUGCACAGUUUCUCAAAGCAAGAAAAAAAAAGUAGUUUAUAAACACUG